UCCAUAUCAUCCACUAUCAUAAUCGGGUAAAAAAUAACGUUAACGCAAACGCAAACGCAAACGACCACGACGACAUCGUCGCCAAUAUACCGUCGUUUUAACGUUACACUCACAGACUAUUUACCGUACAGAUAACUUUUAAAUUAGUAAUAUUCGUAAGACUAAUAAUAACAAUAACAAUUAUUAUUGUUGUUAUCAAUUAAAAUAAUUUAAUUUUUCACACAGAUAAGGGUUUUUCUUCACACGAUCAACAUUACCGGCUGUGUAAUUCAAAUUUACGAAAACUGAUUAAAUAGUAAAUGGUUUAUUUAUAUAUUUUUAUUUUACAAGUGACAAGUGUCAAUUCAACUUGCGACAGUACAAGUAAUUAUAAUAAUUAAUUAUAAAUUUAAAUAAUUAACAUUAUAUUUAAAUUUAAAAAACAAAAUGGCGGGAUGUCGUGUUUAUUAACGUGAUUAUUUAACUCGUUUAAAUACCAAUAAUUAAUAUUAUUGUUGUUAUUAUUAUUAUUAUUAUAAUUAUGAUUAUUACCGCAUAAUUAAACGUAAUUAAACGUACGUGAUAGGUGCAUAUUAAUUAUAAUAUAAUAAUUAAUGAAAUUAGAUGGGAGAUAAUAUUUAAAUCUCAAGGUGAACUAUCGUGAGUUAAUUUAAAGCUAAAUAAUGAAUAAUUAAGUAAGAGAUUAAUUAGUAAGUUAAUAAAUUUUAGUGGUAAAAAAUAGUGAUAUCGUCGCAUUGCCCUGCAGUGGCUGUUGGCGCAGCUGAGCUUAAGUAACCACACACGUUUGAAUCACCAUAUAUUUGUAUAUAUGUAUUUAUAUAAUACAUUUAUAACGAUAACAGAGCUGUAUAUAUUGAGGACAACGUAUACAAGUAAAGGCACGAGGUGAAGUGGGUGGUGGUGUUGAGCUAACACGACCCACAGCCCUACAUUCGAGGACAACUAGUGCAAGCUAACUCGCGAUAUUAUAUCGUCUCUGCGCACGAUUACACUGCUGUUGCUUACAUACAUUUUUAUACAUCAGUCAAUUCGACUUCAGACAUCAGACAUCCUGUGUGCUGUGUCCUGUGUGCUGUCGAGUUUUAUGUAUUUAUUUUUUUCAAAUCGACACACAAAGCGGAGCAAGACAAGUGUCAUAAAGUUGUGGCUGGGGAUCCUGAUAACUGUCAUCGGUUGACGUGAGAGGACUGGACGUUGCUACUGAGUUUUUAUGAAGGACAUCGGCAAUAAGUAAAGUGGUGACGCGUAGACGAGAAGAAGAACGUCCCCGCGUAAGCGGUGGCGUUAAUAAUACCAGAGGAAGUGGCGGAGGAACUGGAGGAAGACGAGGUGUGGUGGUGUUUGCAGAGUCAACUGUCGACUCUCCAGGUGGACACAGAGGUUAUGGUAUAGGCGAGGAAACGGUUGGAUCGAGACACGGGAGUGGUACCGGUGAUUACCGUUGUGAUGUAUUGGAUUCACCAUCGUCAUCAGGAUCAAACGAGCUUGUCGAUAUAUCGAGUGUCAUCAGGAGUGCCGGAGCUGGUGGUGUCCCUGGUGCCAGAAGGUCGAUUGUGAGCAGAGCGUUGCCGGGUGUGCUGCCUCCAGCCCGCGGCCUGGCCGGGAGUCCGGGUGACGACGAGGUCAGUGGAGGAUGGAGUGACCUACGUCGUCAUCCCCCGGCACGGAUAAGGCACGGAGCUGGCGGCAAUAGUAGUUUUGGUACCGAACGGCUGCUUCUCGACUCCGACGAGGAGGAAGAGGAAGAAGAAGAGGAUUACGAUUACGAGGAAGACGACGCGGAGGAGGAAAUAUUUAAGGGGGACGAGCUGGAAGUGGAGACGGAGGAGAAGCAGCCGGCAAUGUCUAGGCAGUCCAAUCGGACCGAACGGGAUUUCAGAGAACGCGAUUUUAGGGAACGUGAUUUGAGGGAACGAGAUUUACGUGGCGCAUCUUCAGCAGCUCCAAGUGACCACAGGCCGCUGAUCGACGAGCAUGUACCCAGGAGACACAGGGACAGAGACAGAGACAGAGAUCGGGACGCCGAUUACGAGUAUGAACACAGUGCCACUGCUGCUACUGCGUCUUCCACUCAUACCAAUAAUCCGGCCAGGUCUAACGGAAGAGCUUACACACUCACGGAGAAGAAACGUGACCGUGACAGCCUGCAGUUGGUGAAUUUAGGCGUGCCAGUGAGAAGACACGUUGUUGGCUCGGCAGAUUCAAAUUAUUCUCAACCGAGCUCAGAUCUUUCUCUUGACGAAGAAAAAGAGAGUUUACGGCGUGAAAAAGAGCGACAGGCACUUAAUCAGCUCGAAAAAUCACGGACAAAACCAGUGGCGUUUUCUGUGAGAACAAACGUAAGUUACGACGGAUCUAUCGACGAUGAUUCACCAGUCCAUGGAUCCGCAGUCAGUUUCAAUGUUCGUGACUAUCUCCAUAUUAAGGAAAAGUACGACAACAAUUGGUGGAUCGGAAGGCUCGUGAAAGAAGGCACCGAUGUGGGUUUCAUUCCCUCCCCGGUGAAAUUGGAGGCACUUAGGGUCCAAGCCAGCACCGCACGUGGCACCAAAGGCCUCUACUCAACGCGAGGCGGAUCCUCGAGUAAUCUCGGUGAGAGUGGAAUGCCAUCACGUGGAUCUACGCCUCCCACACCCGGUGACGACAGUGAUAGUGUAGGUAACGUAAGACCUGGAAGAACGACAUUGACAACUCCCCCGGCAAAGGAAAAGCGAAAAAAUUUUUUCAAAAAGCCGGAAACUGCGACGCCGUACGACGUAGUACCUUCAAUGAGACCAGUUGUACUUGUAGGACCGUCCCUAAAGGGGUACGAAGUAACGGAUAUGAUGCAGAAGGCGCUUUUUGAUUUUUUAAAACACAAAUUCGAAGGGCGGAUAAUAAUAACGAGGGUAACGGCGGACAUAUCGCUGGCGAAGAAAUCUCUGCUGAAUAACCCGACGAAACGUGCGAUAAUGGAGCGAUCGACGAGCCGGGGAAAUUGUUUAAAUGAGGUCCAGAGCGAGAUCGAGAGAAUAUUCGAGCUGGCGCGGACGCUGCAGUUGGUCGUCCUGGACUGCGACACGAUAAACCAUCCCUCGCAGUUGGCCAAGACGAGUUUGGCGCCGACGAUUGUUUACUUGAAAAUAUCAUCGCCAAAAGUACUACAGAGACUGAUUAAAUCGCGGGGUAAAUCCCAGACCCGGCACCUGAACGUUCAGAUGGUCGCUGCGGAAAAACUCGCACAGUGUCCUCCGGAGAUGUUUGACGUGAUAUUGGACGAGAACCAGUUGGAUGAAGCCUGCGAGCACGUGGCCGAGUACCUCGAGGCUUACUGGAGGGCAACACAUCCUCCGGUUGUCGCUCCGGUACCUCGUGUUAUGGCCACGGCUUCUGAUGCGCCUGUAGACGCUCUUGCACCUCGUGUGCCUUCAGGCGGCCGACAUGAUUCAUACUACGCUCACGAUUCCAGAGGUAACAGAAACAGACAAAGUGCGUACGGUGGAGCCCACGGGAGCACCAGGAGAUCAAGAUUAGAGCGCGGGACCCGCGAGCGGAACCACGAGCGCGAGCUCGAGCGUGAGCGCGAACGUGAGCGCGAACGCGACCGCGAGCACGACUACGGGACCGAAGAGGAGUCUUAUCUGAGCGGUGGCGUCGACUACGGAAGCGUUUCCCGACGACGUCCUCAGCAGGACUCUCGAGCCCUUAAUGCCAUUUAGGAGCUGGAGCCCCGGGGCUUGUCGCUAAGAUGUCCCCAUUUGAAGACCACCGCCCUUUAGGAAAAUUUAAUCAACAAACUAAACAAUUUAUUAAUUAAAUUAAUUAAAAAACGAAAUAAUAAUAAUAAUAAUUAAACAAGUAAAUUAAAUAAUGUUAUAUCCUGUAAUUGUUUAUUAAAAGGCGACAUGAUUGCCUACGAAUUGUUGGACCCUCGCGGUUCUAUUUGAAGAGAAAAGGACACUCCUUUAUAUUAUUAUUAUUAUUAUUGAAUUUUAAAUGUUUAAUAGUAAUAAAUAAUUAAAAAUAUAUGAUAAAUAAAUAAUAUUUCCUCUUGUAGUCCAUUGAAUAUUUAUCAUUAUUAUUAAUUAUAUUAUUAUAAUUACUAAUUACUAUUAAUUGUUAUUAUUAUUUUUUCUUCUUGUUGAAGACCGACCAAUCCUCUUAUAUAUUUUUUUUUAUUUUCUUUUAUUACAUUAGACAAUUUUACUAUUUCAAUGGUAUGUUUAUAUAUAUAUCGAAUAUAUAUAUAUAUUUUUUUUUUAAAUUGUAUUUGAUAAAAAAAAUUAACAAUGAAUUUAAAAAAAUGACUUGUGUUAAAUAAUUUUGAACUCUGUAUUUUUGAAGUGACUACGAAAGCCUCCGGGGCAAAAAAAAUUUGUGGCGAAAAUUUUAAUUGUCUAAGUAAAUAAAAAAAAAAAAAUAAGUAAAUAAAUUUAUAAAAUAUUGUUAUUAUUAUUAAUAAUAAACCGUAAUGUCGAUGGCGAUUGACAAGAAAUAAAACGCUAAAAAAAAGUGGUAAAUUUUAAAAAGUAAAUAAUAAAUAAAAGGAACAAAUUUUUAGUGUACGGAUCCUUUGGGUCGGUAAAAUUUAGAACGCUGUUUAAAAUUUUAAUAAAAAAAAUAUAAAUAGUAAUAUUUAAUAUGAAUUGUACUGAUAAUGGCGAGAGACAAUUGUAGCCAAAGUGUUUUUAAAUAAUUUUGAAAAAAAAAAAAAUUUAUUCGAAUUUUAUUAGAUAGGAAAUUUUUUCGUUGCCAAAUUAAUGCGCUUUUGUUAUUUUUUAAUUAAUUACUAUUUAUUUAUUCAUUAUUUGAGUCGAUAGGCUGACAAUUUAAAUCGGCUAAUUUUCUUGUAACGAAAAAAAUUUAAAAUAAAAUAAAAAAAUGUAAAAAAUGUGAUUGUAAAAAAAAAUUUGAAAAAUUUUAAAUUGCAUGUUUAGUUGCAUCAAAUGACUAAUUAAUUGAUCAAUGAUCAUCAACACGUGUAGAUCACUGUAGGUAAAAUUUAUAUACAUAUAUAUACAGAAAAUAAGAAUUUUUUGGCGCGAAAAAUUUUUUUGGAACGAAAGAAAUUUUUCUUGGGGUGAAAAUGAAUUUCUGGCGCCAAUAAAUUUUUUUUUAGUUCUAAAAAAAUUUAAGAUGUUGAGUCAUAAUUCAAAAAAUUUUCGCGCCAAUAAAUUUUAAUUUUCUGUGUAAAUUAAAAAAUAUUUUCCAAUUUUCAUGACUUAUAAAAUAACGCACACGCUAUUCGUGUAAAUAGAUGAAAUUAAAAGAGAUUAUAUUAUUAUUAUUAUAAUUAUUAAUAUAAAUAUGAAUAUAAAUAUGAAUUUUAUUACUCUGGCGAGUGAUUGAUAAAUAAAUAAAUAAAUAAAUGAAAUAAAAUAUAAAGAUGAAUAUAUUUGUUGCAGUUUUGGCAUCAAAGUUAUAAUCGAAGCAGUUGUAAAUAAUGUAAUUGAAGAGUAAUUAAAUAAUCAAGUAUUUAAUUGAUAUUUAAACAAGCAUUGAGACUUAAAAGAUUAUUGAGUGUUUUAAAUUUUUGUCUUUAUCCCUAUCGAGGAAAAUAAAUAAAAAGCGAAAUGACGAAAUAAAAUAAAUAAUAAUAAUACUUGAUCGGUAGGUCAAAUAUCAUUAAAAAACAUAAAUAAAUAAUGUAAGUGAUUGCACUUAAAUUUUUCUAUUCACUCAUUUGCAAACUAGUUUGAUACUAAAUAAAAAUAAAUAAAUAAUUAAGCUAAUGAGUAAUGAAUUUUUACACUCGAUUUCAGAGUUAAAUUAUUUAAAAUUUAUUAUAAUAAAAGAAAAAGUAAAAAAAAAAAUAAUAAUGAAAUUUAAUGAAAGUUUAAUAAAUUUAUUUAAAUUGUCAGAUUAGUUUUAUUUGUUUGUCGUUAUGUCAAUGCUGUGAUGUCUAAGAAAAUUGUAAGAAAAUAACGAAUGAAAGAUUAAUAAUGUUGCAAAAACGUAUUUCUCAAAUCUUCCUUAAGAAAUUACCACGCAUAUUUAAUAGGAAUUUUAAUUCCUGUUAAAUAACUUUCCCAUGAAAAGAAAAAAUUAAUAAAGAAAUUUAAAAAAUA